AGAUAAGUCUUGGCCAACCUGGUCCCUCGACCAGUUCUGGAUUAUUUCUCGUACAGGUGAUGCGUCUUCUUGACUUUCUAUUUGAUAAACAUUUUUUUUUCAAAAUUCUGAUUUAGAGACGAAAGAAUUUAAGAAAUGAAUUUUAAAAAUGACCAGGGAACACUGUGUGUUGAACAGAGUGGUCGUAAAAAUGUGUACGCUUUAUGGUUCUGUCUUUUCUUGGCAGGCCUAAACAUAUCAUGUUCCACUAUUAUUUGCUCUGAAUUUGUAUCCUUAACGCUUCGAGUGUUCUUCCGUGAAUGACGUCACUUUAUAUUGGCUGAAUUUUGACCACCCCCCUCCCCCCAACCAAAUCGUCAUUAAUUUGUUACAAAAUGUUUACACCCUAAAUACAAAUCGUCACAAAUUUUUUGACACAUCCCUCCCUCUUUUUUUUUGGAUAAAUGACGUCAUGUAUAGAAUGUCUCCUUUAUGUUCAUCUAUGAAGAUUUUGUUUAAAGUAAUUUUCCUGAAACAGUUCAAAUUUUUUUUAGCCAGAAAACACUCGACUCCUAUCAACGUUUGCCGUGAUUACGUCACUUUUAAUUUUUUGUUCCCGAGAGGCAUUUUUCAAUAAAAUAUCCUUCCUAAAUCUACUAUUUCCAAAUUAUGUCGUUUCGUUAUUUGUUGUUAUCUACUUUGUACCUUUAUCGCUGUAUCGUUAUAAUAAUAUUAUCAAUGUUUUCCCCUUUCUUCAGCAAUAUACCUUAGCAUCUUUCAAUUGGUGGGUCAUAUUCAUGUAGAAAAUCAACAGGAUUUGAACUUUCUUCUAUCCGCUCCACAGAUUCCAAAAAAUAAAACAAAAACAUACCAAGAUGAAAUUUUCCUCACUGCUCCUCCUCGCCCUGACGGUGGUCUGCACAGUCCACGCCGCCCCGACCAAACGCCUCCUCUUCGCGGACAACCUCAACACCCUCAUCCACGACGUGGUCAACGCCAUCGGGGACAGCAUCGACACCACCGCCAACCUCCUGGGACAGGCCGCCACCAACGUCGGGAACGUCCUCGGGCUGGGGACCGUGACCAACACGCUGACCGGACUGGUCGACUCCGUGGUGGACAAGACCACGGACAUCGUCGGGGGCGCCGUGAACCAGUUCGCCGACGUGGUGAAGAGCGGACUGGACGGCGCCACCCUGGGCCUUGGGAAUGUGGUCUUGAGUUUGGCCAACUUAACUCCCAAUAGUUAAAUACAGCGCCCCCACUUGUACGCGCCUGUGUGUUGUGACAUAGAGGACGACGAAAACAGUGUAUGUUGUUUCGUUGUCACGGGUGCAUAUAAAACAUGUAAAACAAA